CACACGACCAAGAUGAACUCCAACGACUGGCGGCCCACCCAAGGGUCCAACCCUAGGGCCGGCGUUGAUCCGCCCCCCACCGGAGGACCAGGCGAUUGGCGCGCCCAGCUCCUCCCCGACGAGCGCAGCAGGAACGUCGAUUGGAUACUCGAGACUCUGCAGAGGCAUCUGCCGGUAUCUCAUCCAGAUGGACUGAACGAACUUCAAAAAAUCGCUGUCCGAAUCGAACAGAGGAUCUGUGAUGCAGCAACCAACCAGUCUGAUUAUUGUUGGGACAUUUCACUGAAAAUUCUCUCUAUGAUGAUGCCAACACAACAAGCUCUUGGAAACACUAAAGUGAUUCCAAAUCAAUAUAACCUCGCUCCUGCUCUCUCUACACAAGGCAGUAAUCAAGCACAUACAUCAGCAAUUCCCUUGAUGUCUCGGCAACAGGCCUGGCAACCAAAUACUUCUACAUUUGUACAAGCUUCUUCACUCACUAGUAUCGGACAGAACUUGGCAGGUGUCAACCAAAUAUCAACCGCGCAUAAUAUGUCUGUCAUGCCGCAUAGGACAAUAAAUAAUGGCUUGGCGCAAGGCACUUCACAGGAUAUUUAUCCUGCACAAAGGCAAAUGGCUGGAAGGCAGCAACAACAAGAGUCUCAGCAAUUCACUUAUCACCAGCAUCAACAGCCUUUUCCGCAGAGUCAGCAGCCCAAUAUUUAUUUACAACAGCACAAACAACAGUUGAUGGGACAGAAACCAAAUUUACAACAAAAUCAGGUAAUUGGUCAAUGGGAUUAUGCUGCGGAGAUGCAUCAACAACAAAGGCUACCAGUUCAGUCAUAUAAUUUUGUGAAUGUGCAGCAAACAAAACAGAUGUUGAACCACCAGUAUAUGCCUUUGCAUCAGUCACAACAACGGGGCUCUCAGGCAAAUAUGUCGAGUCUACAGCAGCAUCAACAAAAUCAAAAACACCAACAACUUCUUGGAACUGCGCCUAAUGUUUUAAACAUGCAGUGGAUGCAUAUGCCACAAAUAAAAGCUCAGCAACCACAGGAACAACAGCAUGCUCAGCAGCAACCAAUGGGUCUGAUGCAACCUCAGUCUCAACACAACCAUCUUCAACAGUCGCCACAGCAUCUUAUGUCUCAGUGUGUGGCUCAGCCUAACCAACUACAAGAGCACUUAGGGAUGCAACCACAAUCCUCCGUGCAGCAAAAGUUUCAAACUUCAGGAGGCAUGCUCUUGCAACAAAAUAACAUGCAUCAGAUUCAGGCACAGAUGGGCCUUCAAGAAAUUUCCUCUAGUACAUCUGCGGACUCUACUGCUCAAACAGGCCGUGAAGGUGCAGAUGAUUAUUGGCAAGAGGAGAUAUAUCAAAUGGUUAAGGUCCUUAAGGACCAAUACUUUGCAGAAAUCGGUGAAUUGUACAAUAAGAUAUCUUUGAAGAUACAGUAUGUUGACAAUAUUAUACCAUCCCAAAUGCCAUCUGAGAAGUACGAUAGGAUCAAGAGCUUUAAAAUAAUAUUGAACCGUAUAUUGCAAAUGCUGCAAAUUAGCAAGAGUGCUAUCCAACCCUCCAUGAGGGACAGAGUUCCCCAAUACGAGAAACAGAUUAUCGCCAUCUUGAAUUCACAAAGGAAGACACUGCAUCCACAAAUACAGCGUUAGUUUGAGCCACCUGCAGGUCAAGCUCCUAAUUCUAGCAUUUCGCAGCAGCAACAGCCUUCCAAAAAAUUGUUGCAGCAACAUGGCAGCCAACAUGCUAUGUUUGUAAUUGUUGGCUACCUUACAUUUCCAUUGGCAUUUGGUUCAUGUUUGCGCAGAUAAAUAAAUCAUGCAUCCACUCUUGGAGGAGACCCAGUAAACAAGGAGCUCAGACACAGAGCUCCAUGUAUGCAAUGAUGAUGCUGAUUUCUUCUUGUUGGAAGGAAUGUGCGAGAGUCCAAUUGUGGCGUUGAGGUUGCUUGUUUCUGCUGGCUACCCUAAAUGCUCCCGGCGGGAUAUCAUUGUGUCUUGGUUCUUUAGGUGUACAAAUUGAAAAAACUGUGCUGCAAUUAAUGAUCCGGCAUCAGGAACUCGGAUGACGUCUCUAGCAAAGCAGGGUCCUUUUUCGUAAAAAAAAAAACUUUUUCGUAAGCAAAGCAGGGUCAAAGCAUGGCAUAUUGUUGUGUGGUCUUGCUGAGUCCAUGUAAGUGUGAGAAAUUGCAAGGACAUGGGACGCAAAGUCACAAGACUGGUUUGAGGAAGUUUCAGUUGGAACUCAAUAAUUGUUGCUGGGAAAA